CGUGUCACGGUAAGUACCCAACGUUCGUUUUUCUGUUUCAUCUUUCUCCUCCUUUUCAGGAAGUGGAAAUUGCCAGCGUAGAUGCAUUCCAAGGCCGAGAGAAGGACUUCAUCAUCCUGUCCUGCGUCAGAGCCAAUGAACACCAAGGAAUUGGCUUUCUGAAUGAUCCCAGACGUCUCAAUGUAGCUCUCACCAGAGCGAGAUAUGGCGUCAUUAUUGUUGGAAAUCCAAAGGCACUCUCCAAGCAACCCCUUUGGAAUCAUCUGCUGAACUACUACAAGGAACAGAAGGUGCUUGUGGAAGGACCACUAAACAACCUCCGCGAGAGCCUCAUGCAGUUCAGCAAGCCUCGGAAGCUUGUCAAUACCAUCAAUCCGGGAGCCCGAUUCAUGACAACUGCCAUGUAUGAUGCCCGCGAAGCAAUUAUCCCUGGAUCUGUAUAUGACCGCAGCAGCCAAGGUGAGAGAUCUCAAGAUGGAGAUUCUCAGUCAAAACAA